CGCCGAGAGAGAGAAAGAGAGCUGAUCUCCAUAAUAAACACACUCCUUAUUACGGUAGGACUAGGCGCUGACCUUUUAGAAUAACGGUGCUAAACACACUCUCUCUCCUCUCUCUCUCUCUCUCUCUCCUCUCGUUCACUUUCCCUACUGGGAGGAACCUUUCCAAUAUAAAAGUACAAAGUACAACUACUACUAGCAAACAGACGCACACAUAAUCUCCUUCUUCAUGUUCCACUGAUCAUCUGAAUUUUCCCACAGGUUUUCGCCUCUGGGUUUCAAAUUUUAAGACUCGUGUCUAUUGGUCCUUAGUUGGGCAGCAAAAAAAAAAAAUACACUUUUGUUUUCUCCUUCCCAAAGAUCUCAAGUGUUUGCAUUUAGUGAGAAUUUUUGGUGUAAAGGUAUGGAUUGGGUUGCAGACCUACGCCAGAAGUUUGAAACUUUAUGCUUGGAGGUGGAUGGUGUCAUCCAAGAGGACACAUUUAAAUAUGUUGAACAGCAGUUGCAGGCUGUGGGUGGCAACAUUGAACACCAGGUGCAUACAAUGGGUGCCAAUAUAAAACAACUCUGUUCAGAGUUUGUGCAUGAUGUGCUUCCUGCAAUUUCGCCAGAUUCCAUUGAAGUUGCAGCUCCAAAAUUAUCUCCUCAACAAAAUAAAAGUAUGGAUCUCGCCUAUUUACUAGAACUUGUGGAAGGGCCGUAUAGUGAUUCACAGUCGAAGCAAAAGACUGAUAUUGACAUGUGUGAAAAUUUGCAUUCGAGUGUCUUGGAAAAUUCCUCAGUGGAGAAACCGUUGCCAACUGAGAUUCCAGAAGAAGAUGCCGCUGCAGAGGAGGAUACAUGUAUAUCUCUUGAAGAAUAUAACCCUUAUGUGAUGGAAGGGGAAACAACUAACCCUGUGAAAAUCGUAGCUGAUACUUCAAACGAAAUGCCAUCAUCUAAUUCAGUUAUUUUAAUUGAAGCCUCACUGUGUGGAGCUUCAGAUAUUGGAUUUACUUCUGGUGCUGCCUCAUCGGCAGUAUCUAACAUAUCUGCGACAAAUUCUUGUUCGGCUGAGUUUGAGUUGUCAAAUGAAGUUUCUGCUGAAUCUGAGGAUUAUGUUGCUGUUGGCUAUCCUGAAGGAUCAGAUUAUGGUAGUGCAGAAACGUUCACGGAUAGUUCUGUUAUUGAACCUGGAAUGGAAGCCGCCCAAUUUCGUAAACUGAAGCUUGAUGAGAGCUGUUUUGUGCGGGAUAUGAAUAAACUUUGUUCCGUUUGUCUUACUGCGGCAAAAAGUCGGACUUCCAAGAACAUAACUCGUGAGGCCUAUACCACGAAAAUGAAACCUACAAAAGAGCAUGAAUGUGGGCAAGCACCCAGGAAUGAUCUUGAUGCGGGUCAAAACCAAUGCAAAGGAGAAUGUUUAGGGCUUGGAAAGAAAGUGGAGUGCGGGAAUCAUGUUUUCUGUGAUUCUGACUGGGAAAUUGUUUAGAUAAUUUAUCUUUCUGCAAAUAAUUAACCAGGCAAUUUCAACUGCGGUUUUCAUAGUUUCUUUAAACAAAAUUGUUGGUAAUCCAAGUCCAAGGUGUUUAAGACUUGAUGAGGAUCCACCCUUUUUUCAACAGAUUUAUAGCCAGUUUUGUAAGUUCGGAGAGCCCUUGUGUUUAAAAUAGCAUUGCAGUCUCAAA